UACCAAACUGGACCAGCAGGUGGCGACAGGUUACCAUCACUACAGACACCGGCCAGGUCUUGCGUUUUACAAAGUUUAUAAAAUAAAUAGAUUAUUUGUGUCAGCUGAGCGUUUACAUUUUGUUCCACGUGUCCAUAACACUUCAGGUUUUAAUUACAACCCGUGCGAUGGCCUCGUUUAGACUGACGAUCGCGUGCAUACUUCAUUUGACAUAUUUCUACUAGGACCUCCAAAUAUUUUUAUUUGUGUGCGUUAAAAAACAUGCGUGCGAUUUAAAACUUAAAACUAAAAACGCCAUGUUUGUUUGAGUUAAAAGUGAUGGUAAACAGUCAGCGAGCACUACUAGCUACUUCCUGAGUUUAGGGAAGGGGCUUGGUCGCGUGCCUGCGCCCCGCGAACGCGCAUCAAAUUAGCAUCGAUGAAGUUUGUGCGAACAUGGCGGAUUUCCUGCCGACCAGGUCCAUGUUAAAAGUGUGUCUGCCCGUCUGCCUGCUGAACAGCGGGGAGGUGGAACAGCUCCGAAAGUCCAAGGAGAUCGACCGAUGCCUCUCCCGGGAGAAAACGUACGUGAAGCGGCUGGUGAAGAUCCUGUUGCUCGGCGCGGGCGAGAGCGGCAAGUCGACUUUCCUCAAACAAAUGCGGAUCAUCCACGGCCAGGACUUCGACCAGCAGGACCGAGAGGACUUCCGAGCCACGAUCUACAGCAACGUGAUCAAAGGUGUCCGCGUGUUGGUGGACGCCCGGGAGAAGCUGCACAUCCCGUGGGGCGACCCGGACAACCAGAGCCACGGGGACAACCUGAUGGCGAUCGACACCCGGUCGGCUAAGAUGGCCAGCGGGCGGCUUGAGACGUCCAGCUUCCUGCGGUACCUGUCCGCCAUCAGAGCUCUGUGGGACGACUCGGGCAUACAGAAUGCGUACGAUCGUCGCAGGGAGUUUCAGCUGGGGGAGUCCGUGAAGUAUUUCUUGGAUAAUCUGGAUAAGCUCGGCGAGCCGGACUACGUCCCCACUCAGCAGGACAUCCUGCUGGCUCGCAAACCCACCAAGGGCAUCCACGAGUACGACUUUGAGAUCAAGAACGUCCCCUUCAAGAUGGUGGACGUGGGGGGCCAGCGGUCGGAGCGGAGGCGCUGGUUCGAGUGCUUCGACUCGGUCACCUCCAUCCUCUUCCUCGUCUCCUCCUCCGAAUACGACCAGGUGCUGAUGGAGGACCGGCAGACCAACCGGCUGCGCGAGUCGCUCGACAUCUUCGAGACCAUCGUCAACAACCGCGUCUUCGUCAACGUCUCCAUCAUCCUCUUCCUCAACAAGACGGACCUGCUGGAGGAGAAGGUGAAGAGCGUUCCGCUCAAGGACUACUUUCCCGAGUACGACGGGCAGGAGCACAACCUGCCGGACGUCCAGGCGUUCAUGGUGGAGUGCUUCCGGGCCAAGAGGCGCGACGCCACCCAGAAGCCCCUGUACCACCACUUCACCACGGCCAUCAACACGGAGAACAUCAGGCUGGUGUUCCGGGACGUCAAGGACACCAUCCUCCACGACAACCUCAAGCAGCUCAUGCUCCAAUGACCCCUGUCAACCUGUGAAAAUAGAGGACCUGAAUGGGGACAGACCACCCCCUCGCUCCCGACGAGGACUUAGGAGAGACCAGCCUCAGAAGAAUCCGUUAGACGUCGGCAUUCUUCUCCAGCCGUUUUUAUAUUAGUUUUUAACCCACCUCUUUGAAGAGUCGGUCUUCUUGUUAGUUAAGGGUUUGGUAGGGGAACGAGUCUGUGUGGCAGACUGUAGUCACAGUCUUGAGACUCUCUCCUCUGGCUGCGGAAACCUGCGAAACUUUUUACAAACCCGGGCACAUGGUCUCUAAACCAGAUGCACAACUUGCCAAGCAAACAGAUCCAGGAGCGACGACGUCUCGACAUGUAAGCAAAAAGAGUCGGGGCGGUCCAAACGCACCAGAGUCGUCGGCGCCGAUGCUGAUUUGUGUCCAAAGCACUGAAUUCUUCCAGUCCAAAAUCACUCCAUUGUUUCCGUUGCACACUCCAGUGCUGCUUUGUGUGCGUGGUUUCCAAGCCCCUGUAGUGUGUCGAAGGGUUUGCCAUCUUGCUGAUGAUCUGGAGACUGCACAAUUGUUUUGUUUAUUGCAUCACCGUCCCGCCCGCUUCUCGUCCCGUCAGUCACCUAUUUCUUGGCCUGGAGAUCAGCACAAGGACCAGUUUGUUGAUGGAGGGGGAAAAAAAGCGUUCAGUAAGUUCAAUAUUUUAAGUGGGAAAAUGGCUCCAGCACUGGCACCUUGUCCGAGAUUUUUUUUUUUAAAAAUAUGCAAGAAAAGGGCACAACCACAAGACUGAACCUCCGAUGCCUUUCCAUGUAAUGUCCUAUGUAGACCUAAUCACUGUUUAAAUCCUGCAUUUGUGCCUGUUGCCUCUAUAGAGUUAAAGCCAAUAUUAGAUGCCUUCAACAGAUAAAGAAGAAGCAAGUUCCCAUGCAAGUUGUUGUUUUUUUUUGGGUUGUUUUGAGGAAAAAAUGUCCUCUUUUUUUAUUUUUUAAACGGCGCAUUAGGCAGUCGUGCCAGCAAGUGAACAUGCAGUCCGCUGUUUUCUCAGGGUUGACUCAAAACCAGCGUUAACGCUGACGUCGUCGUUGGCGAUCUAACUGAAUAAUUUAAUCUUCGUCUGUGCGGCAGAGCGGCGAGACUCAGCCAGGCCUCAGUACAGUUAGCUGGGUGCUGUUUGGUACUGUAUCCUCCUGUCUUUGACCCCUGAACAUUGACCCACAAUCCCCCUCCCUCUCUCUCUUUGUUUCCAUCUCUGAUUAGAUGCCUUGUAAAGGGACAGACCUCCCCUGUUUGCCGAAAUGAUGAAUGUCUGUUAGUAGAUGUAGAGAGAUUUGCUCUAGAUUGUCUGUCUGAAUUUACUGUAACCAACAUUGAGGUGUGACUCCAGCCGUCUCUGAAAAACCCUCGACGGUUUGGUUGUUUUAUACGCCAACUUGACCUAUUUUUUUUUUUUUUUUUAAAGCAUAAGGAAUUUCUUAGGGGGGGGACAUUUAGACACAAAAAAAAAGCUACUGGACUUGAAUACUUCUGUCAGCAACUGUAUUCUGUAGGGGGCCAAUCUUUUUUAGAGGACAAUUUCCGAGCACUGUUUGAAUCAUCAUGUUUCUAUGCCAAAUCACCCCGUGCUAAAUUAAAGCUCCUGUGAGUGUCAAUUUGCUUCUAGUUCUGGCUUUGUACAUACUGUAAUCUGUUGCCAUGUAAAUAAUAUUCAGGUUUAUCUCUGUAUAUGUAAAUGGUUGUAGAAAUGGAUUCCUUUUUUUUUUUUCCCCAUUCUGAAUGUUUCAAAUCACUGCCUUUCCAAUUAAGAUUACCUUUUUUUUUGUUUUGAUUAGGAUGUAUGUCUUCAUUUUUUUUCAUCACCUUCUUGAAAUUAAUUCCUGUGCCAAGUCUCAUGCCACUCUAACCCUAUCAAUAAAAUACACUUUUCUAAUAAAA